GACUUCCUGUUCAGAGCUGGGCAACCGCACUGGACCCAGGCGGGAAAACACUCAAGGGAUGAAACCUCGGCAGGGCCCAGGGCAGGAAGAUGGCCAGUGGGAACAGGGGCCUCAGCACCAGGAUGUCCACAGAAGACCAGGAUGCAGACGACAGGUUUAUCUGUGAGACUAUAUUCAAUCACUUCAAAAAAUGUAAGACUGAGAUUUCAGGUGCAAUAAGAAAGACAUUUCCUUUCCUUGAUAUUCUUCGUGACUAUGAACUCAUCACCAACAAAAUGUAUGAAGAUUGUCAAGAGUCUUGCAGAAACCUGGUCCCUGUACAGAGAGUGGUUUACAAUGUUCUCUGUGAACUGGAGAAGACAUUUGACCUGUCACUCCUGGGAGUAUUGUUCAGCAAGGUCAACAUGCAGGAAUACCCUGACUUAAGUCCCAUUUAUAAAAGCUUCGAAAAUGUUUUCCUAGAGAGAAUUGGUUACCAAGCAAGUAAUGGAGAACAAAUUGGGGAGAGGUCUAAUAUCCCACUAGGCCUUCAACACGGUAAUUGUCACCAGACAAAUACUGAAUCUUCUGGACCUGGAGAAAACCUAGGAACUCAUGAAAGCCUGACUUCAUCAGGAGCAGGCCCCUUAUCUUAUGUAGGUACAACCCCACCUGAAAGCGAACACUCAGAGCACCUCAGUGAAACAGAACAGAUAAAUACAAGAAGAAAAGAUACAACCAGUGACAACAAUGAUGUACUAGAAAGCCAACAAGCAAGUGAACAAUGUGCCCAAGAGCCUGAGCCAGCAGGUAAGGCUGAGUGACUGGGUUUGAUGAGUGUAGGGACCAAGGGAUACUUGCUGGUCAUAGACAAUGAAGUGAUGCACAUCUUCAAAGUGAUGAAGCAAAAGCAAUGAAGAAAAGGAGACAUCUAUUAACAAAGAAGGGGAAAUCUCACAGACACACAGCUUGCAGGAUUUCAGCCUGAUAUAGCGAUAGCAGAGACCUGCAG